AUGAUAGAAACAUAUAAACGGAUGACCGGUACAAGCAGGAACAGCUUUGGAGAUGAGAAAGAUUGCCUACAGCAACUGACUAUCAUGGGCGAUGGUACCAAUUUUCUAGCUGACGAUUUCUAUGACGGGAUAACUCUUGAUCCAACAUGCAUCACAGCCAAAACGGUGACAAAUGCCACAGCAUCGAGUGUUUUUUAUCCAAAUGCUGUGAUCGAUUACUGUGCUGUUACUUUCAAGUACUCUCAUAAUGGUCUAGAUGACAGUGUACUCUUAACAUACUGGAUUCCUGCACUAGCAAAAUUUCAAAAUCGUUACCUUUCGACAGGUGGUGGUGGAUAUGCCAUCAAUUCAAGAGCCCAGUCAUUACCUGGAGGAAUUGAAUAUGGCGCAGUUGCUGGCGAUACUGAUGGUGGUUUUGGAAUUUUACAGAGUAAUGCCAUUUCGGGUUUUCUCCUCGCGAGUGGAACACUUAAUUGGCGAAAUGUCUAUAUGUUUGGAGAUAAUGCUAUCCAUGAAAUGAGUGUCAUUGGAAAGGAAUUUACUACAUUGAUUUUCAAUAUGACAGCCAAUAAUGUCACGUUGUAUUCUUACUAUCAAGGUUGUUCGGAAAGUGGUAGAGAAGGGUGGAGUCAAGUUCAAAGAUUUGCGAAUCAAUUCGAUGAAGCAGCAAUUGGUGCACCGGCUUUCAGAUAUGCAUUCCAGCAGAUUCAACAUCUUUAUUCAAAUGUUGUGGAGAAUACUCAGGCUACUAUCCACCGCCUUGUGAAUUACAAAAGAUUCAUCGUUAGGAAGUCAAUUUUCUUCUCCUACACCCGCACAAAAUGGUUCAAUCUCAGCCAAGGUUUGGCUGUUGCCCAGAAAAUCCUCGACGGUCUUCACAUCACUGACGGCAGACGCGCUUAUUUCUCAUACACUCCCUCCUCUACUUUUACAGAUGCAGCCACAGCACAUAACGACACCAGUGGUGAAUAUGGUGUUAGUAUUCAAGAUGGUUGGAACCGAUACAAUGAUGUGCUCCUGACAAACUGGCCAGAUCUCACCCCCUACAAAAAUGCCGGCGGAAAAAUUAUUCAUUUCCAUGGUGAAUCUGAUUACAGUAUUCCGACCGCCUCAUCUGUUCGCUCCUACGAAUCCGUGCGAGAAAUUAUGAACCCAGGUCUUUCGUAUAAUGAUUCUGUCGCUACAACCAAUGAAUUCUAUCGACUAUUCCUUGUACCAGGUGGUUCGCAUUGUGCGGUUAAUACAGCAGAACCUAAUGGACCAUGGCCACAAACGAACUUGCAGGUACUCAUUGAUUGGGUAGAGAAUUGA